UCUGUUCUUUGUUGUUCAUGAGACUCAAUUGAGAGAUGAAACAGGUGAAGGAGAUCGAAAACCGAACCUUCUCUGAGGUUAUCUCUGGAAUCAUAGCGUCUACGGAUGAGUUAGCUUCCAUAUCCAAGAGUUCUGAAACAGAAAAGGAGAUGUUUAAUGAAUUAGCUCUUGUUUUGGAAAGAAUCCCACCAAUUUUCAGUGAUUUGAGGGAGUAUGACAAGAUCAUGGACACCCCAUCAAUCAGAAAAGCUGUUGGAUCUCUUGAGAAGGAGAUAAUGCGUGCCAAGUGUUUGAUAAAUGUCCCCAACCAAAAGAUGAAACAUGUUGAGUCUAUUGCCCAUGAUCUUGGCCGGUCCUUGGGCCUUGUUCUGUUUGCUACUGCUGAGGUCUCUACGCAAUUCAAAGCAAAGAUUGGGGAGUUGCACAAGGAACUGAUGAACCUGAAGUUUAGUGAGAAUUGCAGUCCUACUUCAACUUCAACUUCUAGUCGAACCACAGAGUUCGUAUGUGAUUUGAGAGUGGAAGAGAUUGAAGAACAACAAAUUAGCACUAGAGUUUGUGACAUUGCACAUCAUCUCAAGUAUGGAAAUGAUGAUGAAUUCAAGCUUGCAGUUGUGGGGUUGAAAGAGUUGAUACAUAAUAAAAAUGUUGAUGAUGAAUGGCUCAACGAAGAGGGAAUCGUUUCGAUUUUGCUGAAUCGUAUGGAUUCUAGCAAAUCCGCGAAUCAAUCUAUAAUCAUUCAAGUACUUAGGUAUCUUGUUUGGAACAGUCCUGCAAGCAAGGGAUUGAUAUCAAAUGUGGGAGCCUUGUCAACAUUGGUCAAGUCUUUGGCUGGGGACGAGGAGGAGAGGAGGGAAGCUGUGGGGCUGUUGCUGGAACUCAGUGAUCUUGUUAAUGUAAGGCGCCGGCUUGGCAGAGUUCAGGGUUGUAUUGUUAUGUUGGUUGCCAUUCUGAAUGGGGACGAUCAGAUUGCUUCCUGUAAUGCAAGGAAAUUGUUGAAUGUAUUGUCAGUGAACACCCAGAAUGUGCUCCACAUGGCAGAAGCUGGCUAUUUUAAGCCAAUGGUACAGCAUUUGAAAGAAGGUUCUGACAUGAAUAAGAUCCUUAUGGCAACGGGACUAUCAAGGAUGGAACACACCGAACAAAGCAAAGCCUCACUAGGAGAAGAAGGGGCAAUAGAACCUCUUGUCCAAAUGUUCCGUACUGAAAAGCUUGAAGCCAAAUUAUCAGCAUUAAGCGCAUUGCAAAGCCUCUCAGGCUUGAACGAAAAUGUCCAGCGAUUGAUUGAUUCUGGGAUGGUCAUUUCAUUGCUUCAACUCCUUUUCUCUGUAACCUCUGUGCUUAUGACUCUUCGAGAACCUGCAGCUGCAAUUCUUGCAAGGAUGUCUGAAUCAGAGUCAUUUCUGAUGAACCAUGAAAUGGCUUUGCAAAUGCUCUCACUUCUGAACUUAUCAAGUCCAGUCAUUCAGAAUCAUCUCUUACAAGCACUCAAUAACAUUGUUGCUAAUUCCAGUGCGCUUGAAGUUAGGAUAAACAUGGUGGAGAAUGGUGCAAUCCAGCUUCUCUUUCCCUUUGUGAUGGAAAACAAUACUAAGAUCAAGAGCGGUGCCUUAAAAUUGCUUUAUACUCUAUCCAAAGAUGCACCAGAAGAGCUAGAAGAGAGCCAAAUCAGUGUAAUUCUGAGUAUAAUUUCCUCUACAAGUUGCAAAGCUGAAAGGGUCUUUGCAGUUGGUAUACUGAGUAAUGUUUCUGUAACUCAAAAGAAAGCAACAGAUAUGCUGAGAAAAGCAAACCUCCUACCCAUCUUGAUAUCCAUCAUGAACUCCAGCUUAGCUAAUUCAGAUGUUUAUGUAUCUUUGUUGUCAGAAAGCGUAGCGGGUUUAUUAGUACAGUUUACGAAUCCAUUUGAUAGGAAAUUACAGCUUCAUUCAGCAGAACAAGGGGUAAUUCCUUUACUGGUGAAGUUGCUGUCAAGCAAGUCAGCCAUUGCUCAGUGCAAAGCAGCAACUUCACUAGCGCAGUUGUCGCAGAACUCGCUCUCUCUUAGCAAGUCCCGGACUACAAGAUGGUUGUGUGUUCCUUACUCAAAAGAUUCAGUUUGUGAAGUUCAUGGAAGGCAAUGCUUCAUAAAAACCACAUUUUGUUUGGUCAAGGCUGAUGCAAUCCCUCCCAUGAUCCAAAUUUUGGAAGGAAAAGAAAGGGAAGUAGAUGAAGCCGUCCUCAGUGCUCUUACCACGCUUUUGGAAGAUGAAAUUUGUGACAAUGGAAGCAAGUACAUAGUUAAGAUGUGUGGAGUUCAAGGCAUCUUGAAAGUUUUAGGCUCAGGCCACAUUGAUACUCAACAGAAAGCAUUGUGGAUUCUGGAGAGGAUAUUCAGAAUAGAGGAGCAUGGAGUCCAAUAUGGAGAAACUGCUUGGUCAGUGCUUGUUGAUUUAUCCAAGAAAGGGGAUUCAAGCUUGGAAUCAGCCAUCGCAAAGGUAUUACAACAGCUGGAGCUAUUUCAACUUCAAUAAUUUAGGUACCUGUGAGCAAAUUUUAACAGCAUAUAUAUAUACAUACCAUGAUUUUGUCCUUGAACAUUCAUGUCCAGUUUGAUCAGCAUAAACCAUUGUAGUUAAGGAUGCAUUAGGCUUUACUUAUUCAGUUCCUCCAAAGAUUUUGCGUUGAAAUACGAAUGUGAAUUCAUACUUGCAA